ACCCUUCCAGCUUCAUCCGCAAUGCAUAAAGUAGCUCUGACAAACCUAUAUAUACAAAAUUAAAAGAUCCUUUGCUUCCUUUAGAGGCUGCGUGCAGAGGCAUCAAAUUUCACCUUGCUUCUCACCAUUUCCUGUUCAGCUUUAUCAAUAUACUCUCAUCGUGACUUCAUCAUCUUCAAUUCAUUCAGAUUUCAGAUCCAAACCUAAUGUGCAAGUUUUUGUAGACAAGAAUGUUCAGAAGGGGAAAUUUGAAGAGUGAAUUUAGAAAUGAUGACAAGCAUGUGACAGCAGUUGCAGCUGCUGCAUUUUCCAUUCAUUCAAUAGAACAAGCUGCUGCUGCCAACCUGAUUUCAAGGCCUCAAUCCAUGAGAAGGAAAAACCAUAGCACCCUAUCUGAACGACCGACUUAUGGAGGGGAUACUUCAGUAAAAAGGUCAUCAUUUGGAGAAGAUGGAAGGAGAAAAGAAGGAAGUGUUCCUUUAAGAGGUUCAAGUGAUGAUAUAUCUUCUAAAAGGACUGUGCCCCAAACACAAGGGCACCAAAAACAAAUAGGGAUUCCUAUACAACAUAACAACAAAGCAAAUGCAGAAGCUUGGGAAAAGGCCAAGUUAAAAAAGAUUCAAAAGCGAUAAAGUCCCAAAUCCUUUCUUGGGAAAGAGAGAAAAAGAUUCAUGCCAAAAUGCAUAUGGAAAAGAAGAAGGUUUGUCUCAAUUAUGAUGAGUUUAUCAUAUUAUUAUUCUAGCUAGUUAUAUUUUUCGGUAUCAUGUAAUACUUGUCAUGAAAAUAUCAUCAUAUAAUUAAUUGGUUAUGGUGGUACAGAAUGAAUUGGAGAAAAGAAGAAUAGUGACAACACAACAUUAUAAUAAUAAGAUAGCAAGCAUAGAUAAGGUAGCACAAGGUGCUUUAACACAAUUGGAAGAUAAAAGAAGGAAAGAGUUAUCUAGAGCCACAGAAAAAGCUAAUAAAAUCAGAAAAACAGGAAAGGUUCCUCCUGCUAUUAAUUGUUUCUGCUUCUCACAUUUAUAGCUUCAUCAUGUAUUGUUGGAGGAUUAGACCCCAAUUAUAAGAACAUGGCUUAAAAAGUAUAUACAAUGAUAACACAUAACAAAGAUUGAUAUAGUAUAUAGAAAUUAAAAUUGAUGACUUUGCUGCUCAAAUUGUUCAAAUUUCAUAUUUGAUGUAUGUAAUGUGUGUAAUGGUAAUGUAUUUGUGGAAAAAUAUAUCAUUCUAAAAAUAUUUUCUAAACAUUA